GUAUUGGUUUUGUAUGCGAGGAUCCCAUUGCGCAUGGAAACGUUUCUGAGCAGUCUUAGGGAAGCUUGGGAUCCGUGUACGAUCUCGUCGCAGCGCGAGUUGGACGAAGCGGUGCGUCUGUUGCAUGCAAAUGGCGAAGCGGAGUUGAAUGUGCAUGUUUUCCUGGGCAUCCCCCCGCUGCCCGGGCUUCCUUGCAAUGGAGAAGACAAGACGGUUUAUCGGCGAGGUGCGCGUCGGUGGAAGAAAUUUUAUCAUGUUAAUGGGCAUCGAUUCCAAGCAAAGAGGCUCAAUCGACGAGUUCAGUGUUUCUUUUGCAACGACUAUAUUUGGGGCCUUGGACGGCAGGGAUAUCGAUGUGCCGAUUGUCGACUGUGCGUGCACAAGAAAUGUCACAGGGCCGUGCGGCAACCCUGUGGUGAUAGUACUGCUGCUACUGACGCUGCUGGAGCAGUGGUUGUGCCGUCGCCUUCUGCACCAGUGAUUUCACCUCGAUUCAAUGGAACCGCGGUGGAACGUGUUGGGCUCGAUAAUCAGGCCUUCAAGGAAUCAGAAAUCGAAGUGGAAAAUCAGUCCGGGUUGGCGGAACAUCGUGCCGAUGCAGCGAAGGACUCAAAAUGGACAGUUUCGUUGGAUGAUUUCACUCUUUUAACAGUGAUUGGAAGAGGUUCUUAUGCGAAGGUGAUACAAGCGGAACACAAAAAGACCAGUACCGUUUACGCGAUAAAGAUAAUCAAAAAGCAGAUGUUUAGCGAUGAUGAAAUUUUAUUCGGCGGAAAUCAUAAUUGCUUUACACUUUCUGCAUUCUCGUGGGAUAAUUUAUCGUGA